CUUCUUCUCUAAGUAAUUGUUGCCACCCAGAAGAAACAUAGGAGAGCAUCUAUAGAAAGAGACUACGAACAAAGCAGCCGAGAAGCAGCUGAGCGAGAUGGCGGAAGAAGAAAGGGAAGGCAUUGUGGGUGAACUUGAGUUGCUUAUGCUGCUAGGUAUGGAUAUUAAGAUACUCAAUCAUCUUGGUACCAUUUAUUGAAAAUUACAAUAUUCAUGUAAGGAAGUUCAUUAAACAUUUUCACUUCAAAAAAUUAUUUAGAGAAUAAGAACUUACAUUCUUGAUUGCAGAAGCUGCUUCUGUGCAUUUUUGGAAGCCUUGGUGUUAUUUUGCUUGAUAUGUGGCGCCAAGGUGCUUAUGUUUUGAACUGUAGAAAGGAUUUCAUAUGGUAGCAAGCUGUGAAAUCGAGCUCAUUCGACCCAUGAAGUUAUUGCUAGUGUGAGAUUUGCACACAACAAGAGCAUUUCCUUGACGUUUAGGUUGUAAUGAAGGCAUGCUAAUGACCCCUCCAAGUGUGGCCUCUUAAAAAAUGAAAAAAAGAAGACGAAAUAGGUUCACAGGAACAAGCUGUGUAGCUGAAAUUCUUUCCAAAUGGAAAGAUCAGAACAAUCAACUGCACACUCUGAACACCCAGCGUGUGAGGAAAGUACCUGCAAAGGGCUCAAAGAAAGGAUGCAUGACAGGGAAAGGAGGGCCAGAGAAUUCACACUGUAAGUAUCGUGGCGUGAGGCAACGAACUUGGGGCAAGUGGGUUGCGGAAAUUCGAGAGCCGAGACGAGGGUGUCGCUUGUGGUUAGGGACCUAUAAUACUUCCUUAGAUGCUGCUCUUGCCUAUGAUGAAGCUGCUCGGGCUUUGUAUGGAUCAUAUGCUCGUGUCAAUCUCCCUGAAUCUGUGGUAGAUUCAGAUGCUCAACAGUGUAAAAGACCCAAGUCAGAAACUCUUGAAUCCACUACCUCAUCAGAAACUGCAUUAGAAGCUGAUAAUCUAAAACCUGUAGCUGUAAAGGAGGAGAUAAAGAACAUUGGCUCUCAGCCAUCUUCUGAAGAUCCUCUGAGCACAGAUAGCAGGAAUCCUGUGCUAACAGAAGAGCCAGUCGAGGAAAUGCCAUUUGAUAUGUUUCACAUUGAUGAGAUUCUUGGCUUUGCUAAUGGUUGUGAAGAUGCAGUUGGCUCAAGUCUCCAUAGUUCUGGAAGCAAUUUGCAGAGUCCAAGCCCGGUGCAGAAAGCAGAUACAAUGUGCUGGAGCUUAGAUCAAAUGGACUAUGGUUUCCCUGACUUGGGAUUUCUUGAUCCGAGCUUCUUUUCAGAUUUACCAUAGACAUUUAUUUCAGUUGUGCAGUUGUUUACUAUAUUUAGAUAGAAGUCUAUAUAGAUGGUAUAAACAAAUUGCUUCAUAUAUUGCUUACAAUUCUUUACUGUGUGGAUAUGUUUUGAAGUUUAGAGGAGUAUACGUUUACAUUUGUUGGUGAGGAGUUGGGGGAUGAAAACCAUUAUUAUGUACUUUGCUAGUUUCUGGAGUUAAAUAACAUAUAAGGUUUAUUUGUA